AUGUCUUCUCAUUCUGGGCAAACUAUUCAGUCUGGAAACCUUGAUCAAGACUUGAUUUGUAAAGAAAGUAAGACCGGGUUCCAGUCAGAGGAAUGCAAAGCUCUAAAGGUAGAGGAUACGCACCAGCAAAUGGCCAAGGUAUCGAGGGGAGAUUCCCCAAAGAGCUGUGAUGCUACAACCACGGACAUGACGGAGACGGCUGGUAAGAGUCAGGAUAGCUCAACUAAACUUGGUGACUCCUAUGCCUCAUCAGGGCAACCCCCUGGCUCUGAUUCACCCAAUGAACCAUCAGAUACAAGCACGUCUAAGGAACAGAAUACGGCUGGUACUCUGGCAACCAGUAAUGGAUUAGGUAGCACCUCACCUGAAAGCCCUGCCAACCAAUCACUUUCAAGUCAAUUCUCGGUUCCAUCUCUGGUAGAUAUGAAUAGCUCUACUGGCGGAAGCCCCAAGACGAGCAACGUACAGGAAACACAUCAUCACCCCAGCCGAGGAGCGGUCAGAGGACUCGAUAUCCUGUGUCAAGUGUGUGGAGACAGGAGUUCAGGAAGACAUUAUGGCGUCUACAGCUGCGAUGGUUGUCGGGGUUUCUUCAAGCGGAGUGUUCGAAGGAACCUCGCCUAUGUGUGUAGAGACGGUGGUCGCUGUGUUGUAGACGUCGCUAGGAGGAAUCAGUGUCAGGCGUGCAGGUAUCGAAAAUGUCUUGCUGUCAACAUGAACCGAGAUGCCGUACAACAUGAGAGGGCCCCACGAUGUUUUGCUCGUCCCUACAACAUUCCAGUCACCCACCCUCAAAACCCGCCUUCUGGAGAUAAUAGCAAACCAGAAAACUCCACCACCCAGGCACAGAUUUCAAGGAUAACAUCACUUUCCGAACACCAUCCACCCAUAAUGGGUUUUACCCCCGAGCGGAGAUCUUGCUUUGUUCCCGUGGUGCCAGAUUACAUUUCUCGACUCCCGCCAAUAACGACCAAUCAAGACGCGGGAAAGUAUGGACCCCUCACACCGUUGACCAAUCAGCAGGCUCCAUUGCCCCAUCUCAUGGAUGUACAGCGGUUAGCGGUGGGAGCUUGUGCGAAGAUGGACAGUAUACAGGAAAAACAGGAUAGUAAGCCAACUUAUAUGCCACUUCCGGGUUCACCCUUCAUCCACCCUUUCCCAAUCCCAACAAAUACCAACGCCCCGUUGACAUCACGUGACUUACUAUAUGAGGCCGCCGCCCAUUUAUUGUUUAUGACUGUAAAGUGGGCUAGAGGUUUGCCAGCGUUCUUAAGUCUGUCAUUCAGCGAUCAGGCAAUCUUACUAGAGGAAUCUUGGGGGGAGCUCUUCAUCCUUGGUGCCUGUCAGUGGUCGCUCUCCAGGGAAUUCGGGCAGUUGUUCAGCUCAGAGACACUCAAUACGCUGAAGAACGACCAAUCAGAUACGACUAUUCAGAAUGACGUCAGAAUACUCCAGGAUAUCGUGUGCAGAGUCAGAGAGCUACAGACAGAUCCCAUGGAGUUUGCCUGCCUUAAAGCUUUGGCUUUGUUUAGACCAGAUUCUCGUGGUGUUUGUGAGAUGUCAAUAGUUGAGAGACUACAGGACGAGACACAGCUAUCCCUUGCUGAAUACAACCAUAUUCAUUACAUGACGCAGAGGGCACGCUUUGGAAAGCUGCUUUUACUUCUUCCUUCUGUUCGAAAAGUGCAUUCCAGGACCAUCGUGAACCUGUAUUUCCGUGGAACCAUCGGAAGUGUACCAAUUGAGCGUCUCAUCUGUGAUAUGUUCAAAUCAUGUUAAGCUAGUCUUCUGUACAUACACCAUGUCGCAGCCGACACUACUGAAACCGACUCUAAGCUGAUAAAAUUGUCAUUUAAAAUAAAAUUGUGAUCGCUCUCGAACAGAUGUUUUUGUUAUGACUGAUACAAUACAAGAACAAUCCUGAGUCAACUCUGGUUAUACCAGAUAUCACACCCUAAAACUAGUUAACAGCAGGGCUACCAUCCCGGUUUCUCAGCUUGAUCCUUUUCAGGUGGUAUUCGAUAAAGCUCGGAGUUUGUGAGUUACCAGCUACUUUACGCCGGACUUCAUAUCCAGACACAUAAUAGACCUUGAUAUGAUGUCAAUAAUCCUAUUUGAACCUUCAUAACUUUUGGUAUAAUUGUUUACAAGUUUUCCUCUUCAUAUCACAAUAGCUUCCCUCUUC